AUGUUUAUGUAUCCACGUAAGGGUCUCAUCACCGAUCCAUACAACCAAGAAGACAUCAUCAUACAAGACGAUCAGUUCCCACCCGAGUUCGCUGAGAACUCUCAGCAGUACCAGCAAUCGUACUUGCAACCACCUUUCCAGUACCAAGAGAACCAGUUCGCCUCUCCGCCCUCCUCCGCUCCGUCCUCACCCACUUUCUCUUCCCCGACCUUCUCCAUUACACACCCACCUCAGGCGCUUGACAGCCAGUCUUACGGGGCUCCUUCGAUGACCCCGGCCUCUUCCUAUAAUCCGUCCUUGGACAUUCAGAGCUCUGCCUCGCCACCAUCACAGCAAUAUCUGUCACAAUACCCUCAAUACUAUUCGCCCAUGUUGGCCCAACCGCCUCUAGCUCCCAGCAACCAAGCUUGGGAUGGCAACUUGCAGCUGUUGAGCCCCGCUCGCAUUCCUUCCUACCCCCAGAAGGCCUCUCCUAGCUCGACUUCUUCACGAUCUGCACCCAUCUCUCAACAUCGACGAUCUGAUAGCUCUAACAAGCCGCUCCCCACACCGGUGCAGACUCCUCUCCAGAACUCUUUCUUGGCGCCGGCAUUCCAAAAUUACGACCCAUUGAUCAAUGAUGGGAGCAGUGUGGAAGCCGAGUUUGCGAUGAGACGGGCGAUUAUCGACCAGCAAUAUAAGCACCAACAUUCAUCCCCUCCUCAGCACCAGCAGGGCGAGUACUCGCAUUCUUUGGCUCCCUCCGUUUCUACUGUCAGCCAGAAUUCGCCAGUGACCCCGCAGACUACUCUUGACGAGCUUGAGGACGCUUCCAAGUCGAUGACCAAUGGUGAGACCCGAUUUCCUGAAUUUGACCGGUGGAUGGACCAGUACUUACAAAGCGACGUAUUCUCAGAAUACGCCAACGGUAACGCUGGAAUGCCAAUUGGCGUCACUAAGCUCAACCGCACCAUCUCCGAUAUUUACCAAGACGAGCUUUACAACCCAUCCAUGAUGGCCGCUCCCCAGAUGUCCAAGCCGAUGAGCCAGAAUUCGAUGGCUUCUCGCAAUGUUAUCGCCGACCGAUUGCAGGCUGCUAACCAGGGCCACAUGUCUGCUCGCUCCCAGUCCCCAGUUUCUGGCAUGAUUAAGCGCGAACGAUCACCCUUCCGCCAAAACUCUCCGUUCACAUCCGAUAUGAAUGCGUCCGGUUUGCAACCGCAGAUGGCUACGAGCGUUCCCAUGUCUCACAAUGGCAUGUCUAUCGCUUCUACGAUGAGCCAGAGUGAUCUAAAGACCAUGUCCCCCAAGGAUGCGGUCUUGGAUUUCAACGAGGGUGAAGAUGCCGCUAUGGCUCCUCUUUUCCCUCCCCAGCAGGCCGAUUUCAACCUUGGUGAUGCCCUUGGACUGCGCCGCGAGAGCUCAGGAUCAUCGCUUCAGCCAGCUUUGACCACCAUGGACGCAUUCCCUUCCCAAUACGCCCCGGUCCCGCAAGCGCCUUUCGCUUUCGCUCAGCAAAGCCACCACCCUCAUAAUUACAUGCAGCAGCAGUCUAAGCUCAUUUCCGACCUUCCUCGGGUGGACUCCAACGGUAGCGAUCUACACUCUUCUGCGGAUAUGACCCCGCAAGCUCACGCCAAGCCAAUCUCCCGACCCACCAACACCAAUUCAGACGCGGGCACUUACACCUGUACCUAUCAUGGCUGUACCCUUCGAUUUGAAUCGCCUGCUAAGCUUCAGCGACACAAGCGUGAGGCGCACCGACAGACUUCCCCUGGUGGUCAUUUGAUUACUCGGGAUACUUCGCUACGCAAUUCUCAGGCGGGCCCGCACAAGUGCGAGCGUCUCAACCCAUCUACUGGAAAGCCUUGCAAUUCUGUCUUCUCUCGCCCUUACGAUCUGACUCGUCAUGAGGAUACGAUCCACAAUGCACGCAAGCUCAAGGUACGGUGCCACUUGUGCACCGAAGAGAAGACAUUUAGUCGCAACGACGCUCUCACCCGACACAUGCGGGUGGUGCACCCAGAGGUUGAUUGGCCAGGCAAGCAGCGUCGCCGGGGAAGAGAUUGA